GGCCGGCCGUCUGUUGUUCUCAUUUGGACCCCAGCUUGGAGCCCUGUGGAGUUGGGUACCCUCUCUCUUCCUCCUUCCGGAUUAUUUCCUGUCUUCACCCAUACCUACCCUCUCUAUCCCCCUCCUCUUCUAACCCCAGAUUGUCCCCUGUCCUGCAUCCCAACAAAGAGCCCCUGCACUUACAGGAUAAAACGUUAGGCCUCCAGUAAAAACCAAGAGGGUGGCUGGCCUGGGCUUAGGAGCCUCCUUCUAGCCAGUGAGGCAGGCCAGAGGCCAGCAAAGGCAGGACCUUGUCUUUCAGGAAGGCCUCAUGGCUGAGUGAGCCUUCCUUGAGCCCAGCAAUCUACCCCAGCAUGGUCCAGACCUGUGAGGGGUGCUCCCGACCGCCACAGCCACCGACCUUGUCUUUGGGGGCAGCCAUGACCCAACCUCCACCCACCAAAGCUCCAGCCAAGAAGCAUGCGCUGCUGCAGGAGAGGAGGGGCUCCAGCGUGGCUCUGAUGCUGGAUGUGCGGUCUCUGGGUGCUGUGGAACCCAUCUGCUCAGUGAACACACCCAGGGAGGUCACUCUACACUUUCUGCGCACAGCCGGACGCCCGCUUACACGCUGGGGUCUGCAGCACCAGCCACCCAGCCCCAAGCAGCUAGAGGAGGAGUUCUUGAUCCCCUCAAACUUUGUCAACCCUGAAGACCUAGAUAUCCCUGGCCAUGCCUCCAAGGACCGAUACAAGACCAUCUUGCCAAAUCCUCAGAGCCGUGUCUGUCUUGGCCGGGCACAGAGCCAGGAAGAUGGGGGCUACAUCAAUGCCAACUACAUCCGAGGCUAUGAUGGACAGGAGAAGGUCUACAUUGCCACCCAGGGCCCCAUGCCAAACACUGUCGCAGACUUCUGGGAGAUGGUGUGGCAAGAGGAAGUGGGUGUCAUUGUCAUGCUCACCCAGCUCCGAGAGGGCAAAGAGAAAUGUGUGCAUUACUGGCCCACAGAAGAGGAAACUUAUGGGCCCUUCCAGAUCCGCAUCCAGGAGAUGAAAGAACACCCCGAAUAUACUGUGAGGUGGCUUACCAUCCAGCACCAAGAGGAAUGCCGCUCAGUGAAACACAUACUCUUCUCCGCUUGGCCGGACCACCAGACUCCGGAAUCGGCUGGGCCUCUGCUGCGCCUGGUGGCUGAGGUGGAGAGCCCAGAGACAGCGGCCACCUCUGGGCCUAUCGUGGUCCACUGCAGUGCAGGGAUUGGCCGGACAGGCUGCUUCAUUGCCACCCGCAUCGGCUGCCAGCAGCUGAAGGCCCGAGGGGAAGUAGACAUUCUGGGCAUCGUGUGCCAAUUGCGCCUAGACAGAGGAGGCAUGAUCCAGACUGCAGAGCAGUACCAAUUCCUGCACCAAACACUGGCCCUGUAUGCCGCCCAGCUGACCCAGGAGCCCAGCCCCUGACCCCUGGCCCUCCACCAGUCCAGGGCCCAACCUCCCCUCAGGCCUGGGACGGUGGAUCUGGGGAAGUGGACUGUGUGCUCUGGGGCUGUUUCUUCACAUCCUGGAAAGGGAGCCCCAGUGGUGAGAAUACUAAUAGCCCCAGGGAAUUAUCCCAGCAAACAACAGGGGCCAGGCCACAGGGGCCCUGCCUCCUCCAGCGGCCCCCAGUGGACUACAGCGCAACUUCUGGUGGCUCUGAAUUUACAGAUAGGAGCUGCUACUUGGAAUGAAUGGAGAAAGAAGCUGGGUUGCUGGUGUCCCCUCUCUGUGGCCUUUUUUUCCUUGUUGGUGACACAAAGAGUCCGUCCUUGGCUACCGUCAUAGAAGCAAACAGAAUGUUCCUGAAAGCCAUUCCAGAUGUGGUGCCGCUCCUGGGGCUUCUGAGACAGUCACUGCAGUGUACCUCUUCCAUUAAGGCCUUGGCCCCACACAGGCCAAAUGCAAGAACAGAGCAAAGUCUUGUCUAACCUUGGCGAAAUCCUCUGCAUCCCGCAUAGACUGCUGCUGCCCAUCCACCUGGGAGUGCUAGGUGACCCCCUCAGAAGAAAACAAGGACCCUGCCUCUACACAUGUCACAAAAGGAGAUGCAGAGGAAGCCAGUCUAGCAGCUGAGAUGGCUGGAAGAGCCCAGGUGUGAUGAUGCAUACCUGUCAUCCCAGGAGCAGAAGUUUGAGGCUGCCUAGGUCUACAUUUUGAGUUCUGGGCCAGCCAGAACUACAUAGCAAGACCUCUUAAAUUAAAAAAAAAAAAAAAUCACUCUUGAGCUCCCUGGAAGAGGUAAUGUAUGGGGACCAUUCAGAGAUCAGGAGGGUUCCUGCUGCCUCUAUGACUCUAUGACUUCCUGCCAUCUGCUCCCCAGCCACUCUCCAGGGAAGUUCGGCACACUCUGCUUUGCUGGCAUGACUUUACAGCAUUCCCUGGGUACCCAUGAAGUACCAAAGAAAGAGGAGAGAAGGAGAAACGAAGGGCUGUGUCUGCUUCUGGAAAACCAGCCUGCCCAUCCUUCCUGGGCCUGUAUUUAUUUGCAGAGCACACCUGGAUAGCUUAGCUGGCUCCAGAAACAGGCUGGGCUGUCACACUGCAUGCAGCACAGGGCUAAGACCGAGCCUCAGGCUUCAUCUAUCUCAGGGACGGCACAAUUUUCAGAACCUAUCUCAGGGUUGAACUAUAUACACCAGAAAGUCAGACAAACCCUGAGUCGUCCUUGAUCCCAUUUGGGCUGACUGUGGGGACGGAGGUGAGACACCAUUCCUGCUGUCUGAGCCUCAGCUCCUGGAUGUGCUGUGGCUGGCAUAAGUCCUCUGUGAAAACCACAAGGAGCUCGGUCCUGGUGAGUGCUCUUUUGCUUCGUGGCAUCUCUCUGAAGGACACACAAAGCUGCUGGGCCUGGUGGCACAAGCCUGUGAUCCGCACUUGGAAAGUGGGGGCAGGAGAAUCAAGAGCUCUGAACUAGCCUUGGCUGUAUGAAACCCUGCCUAAAAAACAAAGAGACAAAAA